UUUAUGUCGGAUCACUCCGCGCGUUGGCAUAGUGCUUGGGUACUUAGUUGCAGGACCUAAUCUUGCGAUUCGCCACCAGAGUAAAGAGAUAUAGGAAAUUUUUAUAUUGUUAUACCUCGAUAAGUAGCAUUAAGUAGAAUUAUUUCGAGGUGGCGCGAGGAUACGUGGUGUUGCUCGGGUUUUUUUGGGCGUUUGAAAUCGGACACCGCUGUAACGUCCUCGUUUUCGGCGGAGUGAUACAGUGUUGGGGAUGACAAUGUGGAGGAGGCGAAAAUGUCUACUAGGAAGAUGAAACGGUCAGCACCGCAGCGGCCAUGAGAAAACUGCAGUCUGUAACUUGGCUAGGGUUCCUGCUUGAAUAGUUUAUACGCUCGAAUACGGGUUAUCUCGUAUACAAUUCCUGGGGGGGACAAAACUCAGGUAUUUGGUGGGUUCCGGGGCCUGAAACACGGGAAAGGGGGAUUUUGUCCCCCAACUUUGUUUUCUCUUUCCCUCUCGUUCCUUUUGGAUGCCGAACACUUGAUCCGACAAAAGGGUUUUAAAUCUGAGUCUAUGCGUGUGUGCUGAGAAACAACGAGUGAAAGCCAGCAUCAAAAUGAGCACUGCAGGAACCGACAAGGAGCUCAGUGAUCUUCUUGACUUCAGCGCAAUGUUUCCUCUUCCAGGCGCAAACGGGAAAAACAGAUCCAACGCACAGCCCAGCAGUCAGUUCGGAAGCUCAGGUAUGGAAGAGCGGAGUGGCUCAGGCUCCUGGGGCUCAGCAGAGCCGAACAGUCAAUCUUUCACUUCACGGGCAUUUGAUAGUGUGAGCCACUACAAUGACCAUGAAAGCAUGUCCCCUUCAGCGAUGUACAGCUCAGGAAUUGGAGGGAAAUCAGACAGGGCUCCUUACCCUUUCGGCACACAGUUCCUGCAAGGGGAGAUGUCCAUGUCCAGUCCUGACGGCCUGUCCCCCUCCGGUGUAAAAGCCACGUCGCCAUUUUACGGAGCUUACCCGGCCAAUCGUAGGAGGCCUCUUGAUGGGGUGCUAGAUACCCCUCCGAAGAAGAUCAGGAAAGUACCAGCUGGUCUCCCGACUUCGGUUUAUCCUACAGCCUCCAGUGAUGACUACAACCAGGACAACCCAGGGUUCCCGUCAUCAAAAACCGGCAGUGUCUACCCUGGCUCUUUCUACUUGCAAGAGGGUUUGCAGGACCCCUGGGCUCAGCCGGGUUAUUCCUCCAUGCCCCACCUCGGCCAGUCCGCGCCAUUUGCUGCCAUCAACCCUCAAGAUCGCUUGAAGAGACAACCCCUGCCUCUGUCUCCUCCAUCCUACCCUCACCACGGCAGCGAGGUAAACGGUGGCUUCCAGUCUGCAUACACACCACCCAUCAAUGGAACAGACGGUAUAAUGGGCAAUAGAGGCAGUGCUGCAGGAAGCUCUGGAGAUGAGAUUGGAAAAGCCCUUGCUUCUAUUUACCCUUCAGACAACAAUGGGAGCAACUUCUCCUCUGCUCCACCUACCCCAGUUGGCUCUCCUCAGAACAUGGCAGUUCCUGCUUCUCAGUGGCCCAGAGGAUCAACUCAGUCUGCCCAGUCACCCAGCUUUGAGGGAGGACUGCAAGCACUGCAGAGUAAAAUGGAGGACUGCCUGGGUGAAGCCUUGCAUGUGUUGCGGAGCCAUGCGGUUGGUUCAGUGUUGGGUGCAGAGAUGCACACCCUCUUGAACGCCGCUGGAGGAGCUGCAGGUCUGAGCUCCCUCAGUCAGAGCUUCUCCCUGCACGGCAGAGUGCCUGGUUUGGUGCCUAACCAUCAUGAGGAGUCGGCUAGUCUGACGCCCACCAGUGGCCUGUUACACGGGCAGCACUCGGCCACACAAGCCCCUGCCAGCUCACAGCCAGAGGGCUUUUCCGGGUUGCCUGGAAGUCUGUCUCGCAGCUCGAGCGCAGAUAUAAAGAGGGAAGACAAAGAGGACGACGAGAAUUGCUCUGUUAAAUCUGAUGACGAGAAGAAAGACGGCAAGAUGAACCGUACACAUACGAGUCAUGACGAUGAUGAGGAUGACGAGGACUUGCCUGCGGAGAUGAAGGCGGAGCGGGAGAAAGAGCGGCGCGUGGCCAAUAAUGCACGAGAACGUUUACGCGUGCGUGAUAUCAACGAGGCCUUCAAGGAGCUCGGGCGCAUGUGCCAGCUCCAUCUGAACAAUGAGAAACCGCAGACCAAACUUCUAAUCCUGCACCAGGCCGUUAAUGUUAUUCUCAGCCUGGAGCAGCAAGUACGAGAGCGUAACCUCAAUCCAAAGGCGGCAUGUUUGAAGAGAAGAGAGGAAGAAAAAGUGACUGGCAUAGGGGGAGAUCCACAGAUGCAGCUGGGUGGCGGCCACCCUGGGCUGGGCAGUGAUGGGCACACCCACAUGUAAUAUUUAUAUUCUGUCCUGAAGGAUUCCAGAGUUCCAGAUUCUUGUCCUAAAGAGUACUUUCAGAUGUGGCCUUAUUCUCCUAUCUACCGUCUGUGUGUGAAUAUGCUCAAGCAUGACUGUGCAUCAAAAUCUUUUGAACUUAUGGACACAAUUGUGCAGACACACACACCUACACACAUACACAUGCUUUACUGAAAGCUGACACACUUUUGCAUAAAAGUACACACGUGUUCCAGACCAUUGGCACAUUCUUUGAAACCUUGCUAAAAGACGGAGAAACUCUGAGCACAACGAACAAGAAUCUCUACGAUGAUAAAAAAAAUAAAUGUAGACACCUCUUGCUUACAUGUUACGGGAGCAAUGAGAGUAUGGAGGUGUGUUUUGCAAGGAUUUAUUGAAAUAUAGACAACCAUUCCCAAGACUGAAACGGUCUUAUCUGAGUACACAAAGGAAAGAAAGUCUUCUAAUAUCUACUAAACUGAAGUCUGAUAA